UCCAAUCUUCACCCACCCAACCCUAAAAUUCCUAGAGAAAUGCAAAACCCUAGACAAGCUCAAGCAAAUUCAUUCCCAAAUGAUUACAUCUGGGCUCUCUCUCCACACUUACCCUCUCAGUCGCCUCCUCCUCUUCUCCUCUACCCUCGACCUCUCCUACGCACUCACAGUCUUCAACCAAAUCCCAAACCCAACAAUCUUCCUCUUCAAUACCCUUAUUUCCUCCCUCACAACCCGCCACAAGAACCAGACCCAUGUAGCUUUUUCUCUGUACAGCCGAGUUCUUGGGAACGGAACGCUUAAACCGAAUGCCUUUACAUACCCUUCUCUCCUGAAGGCUUGUGGGUCGCGUCCUUGGGUGCGCCAUGGUCGAGCUCUCCAUGCCCAUAUCUUGAAGUUCCUUGGAUUUGAGUAUGACGGUUUUGUUCAAGCUGCGUUACUUAAUUUCUAUGCUAAUUGUGGCAAAUUGGGUCUUGCUCGAUAUCUGUUUGAUGAAAUUAUUGAACCGGAUUUAGCUACUUGGAAUUCUAUACUAUCUGCUUAUGCACAUAGUGCUAGUACAGGUGGGUUUGGUAGGAUUAGUAGCGAGGAUGCUAGCUUGUCGGUUGAGGUAUUGGAUUUGUUCUGUGAAAUGCAGAAAUCUCAGGUUAGGCCCAGUGAAGUUACUCUAGUGGCUUUAAUAAGUGCUUGUGCUGAUCUUGGCGCAUUUAGCCAGGGUUCAUGGGCACAUGCUUAUGUAGUUAAGAGUCAUCUUAGUUUGAAUCGUUAUGUAGGUACUGCUCUCAUUGAAAUGUAUUCAAAAUGUGGACGUUUGGAUUUAGCAUUGCAACUGUUCGACCAAUUGCCUCAAAGAGACACGUUGUGUUAUAAUGCUCUGAUUGGAGGGUUUGCUAUUCAUGGCUAUGGCCACAGGGCACUUGAGCUUUAUCAGAGAAUGCAUGUUCAAAGGUUAUUCCCUGAUGAUGUAACAUUUCUAGUCACAAUGUGUGCUUGCUCCCAUGUUGGAUUGGUAGAGGAAGGUUGCAAGAUUUUUGAAUCUAUAAAGGAGAUUUAUGGAAUGGAGCCAACAGUUGAGCAUUACGGUUGUUUGGUGGACCUUCUAGGCCGAGCUGGUCGACUCCUAGAGGCUGCAGAAAAGGUAAGAACAAUGCCAAUGAAACCAAAUGCUGUGUUGUGGAGGUCUCUGCUCGGGGCAGCUAGAAUUUAUGGAAACUUAGAAAUAGGAGAGGUUGCAUUAAAGCACUUGAUAGAAUUAGAGCCAGAAACUAGUGGGAACUAUGUGCUUUUGUCAAACAUGUAUGCAAGCAUAGAUAGAUGGGAAGAUGUGAAGAGAGUGAGGGAAUCGAUGAAAGAUCUUGGUGUCAACAAAGCACCCGGGAGCAGCUUGGUUGAGGUUAAUGAUGCACUGCAUGAGUUCCUCAUGGGAGAUAAGACACACCCUUGUACGGAACAGAUCUAUUUGAAGCUUGAAGAGGUAAUAGAAGGCUGAAGCAACAUGGUCAUAAACCAUGAACCAAAGAAGUUUUAUUUGACAUAGAAGAGGAAGAAAAAGGAGAUGCCCUUUCUUAUCAUAGUGAGAGAUUAGCAAUUACAUUUGCUCUUAUUGCAUCAAAUCCAAGUGCCCCUAUCCGGAUUAUUAAAAAUCUCCGGUUCUGUACUGAUUGUCAUGAAAGUACUUAGCUUGUUUCACUGGUAUAUGGAAGAGAUAUAAUUGUAAGAGAUCGAAAUCGGUUUCAUCAUUUCAAAGAUGGGACUUGUUCUUGUUUGGAUUAUUGGUGAUACAUCUCAGGUCGCCAUGUAUAUAUAUGAGAGAAAUGCCAAAGAUGAAAUUGAUG